CAUGUCACCCGAUUCCUCUUUCCCUCACGUCACGAGGGCCGUGCCGCGCCCGACUGCAUUUCCCAGGAGGCUUGGCGGCUAGACGAGCCGUCCGGCGCCUCACGUGCCUUGCCGACUACUUUUCCCAGACAGCUUUGCGGCGGCCGAGCCCUGAGGACUAAGCUUCGCACAGUUGUUUUGCAGUGGGACCGCAACCUCUUUCUGUUGUCUCGGUGCCGAGACUCCGACUCCCGGAGGCCUUUGCGGCUGACAAGAGACUACGCCUCCCAGAGGCCUCUGCGACGCCGCGACCGGAAGUGGCGGGCGAGCCGAGUGUCCUUGCGCGCGGAGGGGAGCGGAGCGGUCAUGGUACCCCGAGUGUGGUCGCUGAUGAGGUUCCUCAUCAAGGGCAGUGUGGCUGGGGGCGCUGUUUAUCUGGUGUACGACCAGGAGCUGCUGGGGCCCAGCGACAAGAGCCAGGCGGUCCUUCAGAAAGCUGAGGAGGUGGUCCCCACCGCCGUGUACCAGUUCAGCCAGUACGUGUGCGAGCAGACAGGCCUGAAGAUACCCCAGCUCCCAGCCCCUCCAAAGUUUAACUUUCACAUCCGCGAGUCCUGGAAUUCAGGCAUCAUCACGGUGAUGUCCGCUCUGUCCGUGGCCCCCUCCAAGGCCUGGGAGUACUCCAAGGAGGGCUGGGAAUACCUGAAGGAGCGAACCAAGUAGCCUGUCAAGAGGAAGCUGCCUGCCCCAGACGGGAACAGGGGCCGGGGCGCCAUGGACGCCAGACUGGGACCCCACUCCUAGGGCAGCUCCCGGCCUUGCCGGCCCAAUAAAGGACUUGGAAGUGUU